AAAGGCAACCCGAUAUUACAAUACAUUCGAAAUGUUUCAUGGGAAUACGGUGAAAUUGCCCCGGAUUACGUAUUAGGACAAACAACUUGCGCUUUAUUUCUUAGCCUUAAAUACCAUAGACUUCAUCCCGAAUAUAUUUUCAAUAGGAUCGAAAAACUUGCUCAUCACUACUUACUCAGGAUCAUGCUUAUUCUCGAUACUCAUCAGGAACCUAUUCGCGAACUUACAAAACUUUGCGUUUUAAAUAAUUUCACAAUUAUACUUGCUUGGAGUCAAGAGGAAGCAGGGAGAUAUCUCGAAACAUAUAAAGCUUUUGAACACAAGCCGCCAGACAUAAUAAUGGAGAAGGUCGAGAAUGACUAUCUAGCAAAAUUAACACAUUGUAUGACUCAAAUGAAGUCCAUAAAUAAGACAGACGUUGUGACUCUUGCUUCUUCAUUCGGGUCACUGAAAAAGAUCAUGUCGGCUUCAUCUGAACAACUUGCUCUAUGUCCCGGAUUAGGUCAUCAAAAGAUAAAAAGAAUUCAAGAGACAUUUGAACAACCCUUUUUGAUUCAUCAAAAGUCCUCGCCCAUGGGUCAUGAGAAAAAAAAGGAGAGUUAA